AUGACUUCAAAUACAAUCAUUCCGGCAAUGCCGCCGCCAGCGGGCCAUACGUCCAACUUUGUGAAUCCAGACUAUAUCGGGGGCAAGUUCGUGGCCGUCAAUUGCAUCUUUCUUUCUCUCGCACUCAUAUCUCUUGGGGUACGGAUAUGGACGCGAUGUUUUGUGGUGCGCAACUUUCGUUGGGAUGAUUAUUUGAUGAUAAUGGCGCUUAUUCUUUCUUGCAUUCUCAGUGCAUUAACACUGGACAUGCUUAACUGGGGACUGGGAAAGCACAUGUGGGAUGUUCCGAUGUCAUCCGUGACGCCCAAGUUUCUCAAGCUUAAUGUGAUCGCCGCCAUCAUCUAUUGCGCCGCGACCGGCUUCACCAAAAUCUCCGUCCUCAUCUUCUAUCUUCGAAUCUUCCCCAGUCGCAACUUUCACUUCGCCGUCUGGACAAUCGUUUUCAUUGCUGGCGGGUACAGCGUCGCCAGCAUUAUGGCCAAUAUCUUCAGUUGCAACCCGAUCCCCAAAUCAUGGGACCUGACCAUUACAACCGGAUCAUGCAUGAACAGACCGGUGUUUUAUUUCGCCAAUGCAGGACUGGGCAUCUUUACCGACUUUGCGACAGUCGCUGUUCCAAUUCCCUGGCUGCGUCGACUCCAAAUGCCUAUUCGACAGAAAAUUGCCGUCGCUGUGAUUCUUGCGAUGGGAUGCUUUGUCGGCAUCGUCAGUUGCAUUCGUCUCGGCAGUUUAUACACUCUACUCACCAGUCCCGACCUGACCUGGGCCACCACAGACGCUCUCAUGUGGUGCACGAUCGAACUCAACCUUGGCAUCUUCGGCGGCUGCGUGACGGCCAUUCGACCCUUUGCACGCAGAUACUUCCCUCGCUUGCUCGGACUCUCUUCUGGAGUUGGCUAUUCCUCUGGACAACAAUCUCGAUCCCGCAAACAUGGCCAUCCACUCGGAUCGCUCGCUCAGAGCGAGCGCAACAACUUUUCUACCAACGGCGCGAACCAAUAUACGACCACCCUCACUACACUCCGGGGCGCUCCCGAUAAUGACAGUGAAGAACACAUCCUUUCGACUUCUCCCCAUAAUGCCACAGGCAAAGAGGGUGAUCUCUCCACCGGCAUCAUUCGGACUGUCGAGUUCGACGUCAAAAACAGCUCUACGGUUCCGUGA